UCUCCGAUAAUAGCAUGCCAUCAUGCAUACGUGUUAUUAGGCUAUCGUCAGAUAUUGACCAGGCGUAUAUAAGUAGCUUCUCGACUGAGACCCAAAGCAGCAGCUACUUACUAUUGCACCAUAACGAGAAACAUUUGAGUGUCUUUCCGUCGGAGUUUCCUUCUCGUUCAGGUGUUUUGCUGACAGGAAUCAUGGACGUGCGGCCGGUGCUGUGUGUGCUACUGGUUGUAGUGGCUACAAGUUACGCGCAAACAAGGCGUUGCUGCUACCCUGACCAAUUUGUAACAUCGCAAGGCAUACAAGUCGGCUAUACGCGGGAAGGAAGAGGGGGUGUCAUGUACGAAAAUUCUUCAAUCGCCUUCGAUUACACCAACAAACGCGUCGGCAUGAUCGGCAACAGGAUUGACAAUGAACAAAGAUUAGUUGAUUCCCAAGUGAUCUAUGACUACAAAGAGGGUGUUGAAUACCGCAUUGAACCGAAGAUGCGACGCUGUGAGAAACGCAGGCUUGAAAGACCCAUGGCACACUGUGUUUCUGAGGGGGCCACUUUUCUCCAAUCAAUAUACCUGGGCGACCACAAAUUGACUGUUGACUCCUUUCUGGUGUCUUAUAAGACUGAGCGUGGGGCAGUCCAGGGAUCCCUGACUGUAACUCAGGGUGACUGUCUUCCCAGCAGCUCCCUUCUUUCUGGAAAGGAAGACAAUGUGUCUUUCAUGGCCCUCACUGGAUUCUUUAACUAUGUCAGCGGGAUUAAGGAUCCAUCCAGAUAUUUUACUGUGCCUGAGUUUUGUCGCAAGAUGAUCACUGAGGAACCAAUGAGGUAUGACGAGUUCCCAAAUAUGCUGUUCCUGUAAGCUUACAUGCCGAUGAGACCCGACUGGACGAUACCCCAUAGCUAGCUUGUGGAUGAUGUCUUUUUCUCCAAUGUCAUUAUGCAAAUUAAACUCAGUGUAAUCAUUUGGAUCUUUCCUGUUUGGAAAGUUGCCAGGUGCAGACAUUAUUGGACAUUUUCUUUUCAUGUACAUCCAUUAGAUGUCUGUUGAACACUUAGAUUAGGUUAUAGAACUCUGUAUAAGCUUUUGACAUGGGGAGUAAAAAUGGCUCAGCUUUAAGUGUCUUUAGAGUGUGAUUAAACUACUUCCAGAAAUUCAAAGUAUGAUGUCCAUUUACUGUUGACUUUGACCUCACUGGGCAAAUGUUUGUGUGACAGACAAAAAUUGUGGCGGAACAGAUGAUUGUUUAUGGUUUCGUAUUUCAAGGCAGAAUGACACAUCUUGAAAUGUUGAUCUUGAUGUAAAAAAAUUGUAAUCCGCAAGUUGUUAUCAACCGUUCAAACCUGUAUCCUAAUCUUGUACUUAAGGUAUGAUGGGAGUAGAAUAGGUUUGAGCCUUUGUUGACUCAUACCCUUCUUAACUCCAAUUGGAAUCGAGCUUAUUUUUUAACUGGUUGAUUGAUUUUGCCUCUGUCACUUUACCUGGGAUGCUCUCUGUUGAUCACUCUGAAAAGCUGAUUUGAACAAUUUUUAGCUGUGACCUCUGAUCUGAUUAGGGUUUCUUGUCAACGGUUUGCCCUCUUCAGUAUCUCUCCGGGCUAUUUGGGAUUAUAAACACCUCUAGCUCUGAUAAUUUCCUCUCUGUUAUCUUCUUUCUAGACUGUAGAGGUUGAAUUCAGCUAAUCUCUAGUGUUAUUGUGUUGUAAUGAUAAUAAAUAAAGCAUUGAAAAG